AACGGCGGUGGCCACAGGCUUGCUUAAGGAAGCGCUGCCCCUGCUGCCGCCGCCACGGCCGCCAGGAGCUAGGAGUGAACCCCUGCGGGGGAGGAGGUUCCCCCUCGCGAUCGUGGGGACAGCCAGUCCUGUGAAACGAGGAGGCGGUUCCGGACGCCCAGAAACGCCCAGGGAGAACUGGAGCCGGGGGAAGAGGGGACAUGAGCGGCCAGCUGAGUGCAGCCCCAGGCCGCUAGGGGCGGACCGAGCAGUCCCUCAGCUCUCCUCGGAACCAUGGAAUCUGAGAGAAUGGAGCCGAGUACCUGUAGGACCAGCGAAUCAGAGGAAGACUAUGUUGAGAAAAAGGAAUCUGAGAAAUGUGUUAAAGAGGAAGCUACCAUCCCCUCUAACUCUUCACAGCAGGCUCUCUUAAAAGCUGACUAUAAGGCAUUAAAAAAUGGGGUUCCCCCACCCAUUAUAGCCACAAAAAUUCCGAAGAAAGUCAUAGCCUCAGCUGACACAGGCGACUUAGAAGCUGGGAGGAGGAAGAGAAGGCGGAAACGCAGAUCCCUGGCCAUCAACCUGACCAACUGCAAGUAUGAGAGUGUGCGUCGGGCAGCCCAAACGUGUGGCCUGAAGGAGGUGGGGGAGGAUGAAGAGUGGACUCUGUACUGGACAGACUGCUCUGUCUCGCUGGAACGAGUCAUGGACAUGAAGAGGUUUCAGAAAAUCAACCACUUCCCUGGCAUGACAGAAAUCUGCCGCAAAGAUCUGCUGGCUCGGAACCUCAACCGCAUGCACAAACUCUAUCCCUCUGAAUACAACAUCUUCCCCCGCACCUGGUGCCUCCCCGCAGACUACGGGGACUUCCAGUCCUAUGGUCGUCAGCGAAAAGCCCGCACGUAUAUCUGCAAGCCAGACAGUGGCUGUCAGGGACGUGGCAUCUUCAUUACCCGAAAUCCCCGGGAGAUCAAGCCAGGAGAGCAUAUGAUCUGCCAGCAAUACAUCUCCAAGCCCUUCCUCAUUGAUGGCUUCAAGUUUGAUAUGAGAAUCUACGUCCUGAUCACAUCCUGUGACCCUCUCCGGAUCUUCAUGUAUGAGGAGGGCCUGGCCCGUUUUGCCACCACGCCCUAUGUGGAGCCCAGCCAUAACAACCUGGACAAUGUCUGCAUGCACCUGACCAACUAUGCUAUCAACAAACACAAUGAGAAUUUUGUCCGGGAUGGUGCUGUGGGCAGUAAGAGGAAGCUGUCGACACUCAACAUCUGGCUGCAAGAGCACAGCUACAACCCUGGAGAGCUGUGGGGGGACAUCGAGGACAUCAUCAUCAAAACCAUCAUCUCAGCCCAUUCUGUUCUACGCCACAACUACCGAACCUGUUUUCCCCAGUAUCUGAAUGGAGGUACAUGUGCCUGUUUUGAGAUCCUUGGUUUUGACAUCUUGCUGGACCACAAGUUGAAGCCCUGGCUGCUAGAGGUAAACCAUUCUCCAAGCUUUACCACUGACUCACGCCUUGAUCAAGAGGUAAAGGAUGCACUUCUCUGUGAUGCUAUAACCCUUGUCAACCUCCGGGGCUGUGACAAAAGGAAGGUGAUGGAGGAGGAUAAGCGGCGAAUCAAGGAACGGCUUUUCCAGUGCUACCAACAGCCACGAGAAUCGAGGAAAGAAAAAACUGAGUCAUCCCAUGUGGCAAUGCUGGACCAGGAACGAUAUGAGGAUUCUCACCUGGGAAAAUACCGGCGGAUCUACCCUGGGCCUGACACAGAGAAGUAUGCCUGCUUCUUCAAGCACAAUGGCUCCCUCUUCCAGGAGACUGCUGCUUCCAAGGCCAGAGAGGAGUGUGCCAGGCAGCAACUGGAGGAGAUCCGCCUUAAGCAGGAACAGCAGGAGACCUUGGGCAGUAAGAGGCAAAAGGCCAAGGACCAGAACCAGGGUGAAUCAGCUGGGGAGAAAAGCCAACCCAGGGCAGGGCUCCGGAGCCAUUCCACCCGCUUGGCUUACAGGAACCACAGCUGGGAGAAAGAGCUGCUGCCAGGACAGCUGGACACCAUGAGGCCUCAACAAAUUGUGGAAGAGGAGGAGCUGGAGCGGAUGAAGGCCCUGCUACAAAGGGAGACUCUCAUCCGAAGCUUGGGUAUUGUAGAGCAGCUCACCCGUCUGCAGCACCCUGGCCCCCAGGGCCAGAAAAAACUUCAUGAGAGUCGGGACAGGCUAGGCAGUCAAAAACUGAAACCUGGGAGUCUGGUUCUAUUUGUGCUCCUAAGAGGGGCUGCCACAGAGCAGGGCCCUCCUCAUUUGCUGCAUCCAGUUCUGCCCCAUAAAUCGAUCCCCAGGAUCUUAGGGGCACUGCCAAGCAUGAAUGCUGCAAUCCCACAUGUUCCCCGGUGCCAUCUGCAGCCCAAGAACUUCACCUGGACAGGAGAGCCGGCAGCCAUCAACUCCUGUUCAUUGUCAAUGAAGAAGGCUGGGAGGCGCUAUUUUUCCAGUGCCAGAAUCAGGCUGACUAGCCAAGGACAAGCCAGCAGAAGGCUAGAAGCCAUAAACCGAGUCCUGGCAGGAUCAGUGCCACCCACUUUAACCCCAAAGCAGGGCUAUCUUCUGCAACCGGAAAGAGUGGCAUCUGACUCAUGGACUGAAUGCACCUUGCCCUCCAUGGUAAACUCUGAACACAGAACAGCCAAGGUUUCCCUCUGCCCUGCGUCUGCACCCGUGCUGCAGCGUUCCAGAGCACUCCUCAACAUCAAUCAGUUCAGGUAA